GCAUUUCAUUUACCUCCCCCAUGUUUUAUUUUCUAUUUAUUUAUUAAUUUUUUUUAAAGACAGAAAUGGAGGGUGAUGGCGUCGUGUGUGACCGAGAGCACGCAGAGGGACGGGAUGGUGUAGGGAUGUAGAGCUACAUUAAUGCGUUAAGGAGACAGUGACACGGUAAACAAGGCAGAUUUACACAAUAGACAGAUGACAAGAACAAUAGACACGUUUAUCUCUGAGCUCGUGUUCAUACGGAGCUUUCUGCUUUCGGGGGAACAAUCCGAAUUUAACACCUUGUUGGGAAGGAUUGUGUGUUUACAUGGUGUUAAAUUAAGCCUGGGCUGAGAGAGAGAGAGACAGGGAGAGAGAGAGACAGAGGGAGAGACAGGGAAAGGGAGAGAGAGAGAGACAGGGAGAGAGAGGGAGAGAGGGAGAGAGAGAGAGAGGGAGAGACAGACAGAGAGACACAGGAAGAGAGACAGGGAGAGAGAGGGAGAGACAGACAGAGAGACACAGGAAGAGAGGGAGAGAGAGACAGAGAGACACAGAGGAAGAGAGACAGAGAGAGGGAGAGAGAGAGAGAGACAGAGACAUUUACGGAUAAUGAUAUAAAUAUAAUAGUUAUAUCUCUAGUCAUUUCACGGUGUUAUUUACACUCAGUACAAACCUGCACCAGCACAACGAGUCUAUUAUUAUUAUUAUUAUUAUUAUUAUUAUUAUUAUUAUUAUUAUUAUUAUUAUAGAGUGUGUGUGAGAGAGAGAAAGAGAGAGAGAGAAAGAGAGAGAGUGAACGCAUGUAAAGCGAGCGACUGAGAGGGGACGAGAAAAAGGGAAGGCAAGAGAAAAAGGCGAAAGCAACAAGGAAGCGCUCCCUGUAUCCUGCGUCCCUCUGAGCGUCUCUGCUUUACUGCUGCACAUUAUUAUUAUUAUUGUUCUGUUUUUUUUACAACUGAACCGAAUCAUUUCUGAUGCGCGCGCCGGGACGAUGCGACUCGGCGCUAAUCACAGAGUGUAGAGGUGAUGUCGGGCAGUAAGGCUCUGGGGGGGGCGAGGCGGCGCCGUACCCGUUGCCGGCGCUGUCAGGCCUGUAUGCGCUCCGAGUGUGGAGAGUGUCACUUCUGUAAGGACAUGAAGAAGUUUGGGGGACCAGGACGCAUGAAACAGUCCUGUCUACUGAGACAGUGUACUGCUCCUGUGCUUCCUCACACGGCAGUGUGCUUUGCGUGUGGAGAAGCGGGGAAGGAGGACACUGUGGAGUCUGAGGAGGAGAAGUUCAGUCUCUCUCUGAUGGAGUGUACCAUCUGCAAUGAGAUCAUCCACCCCAGCUGCCUUAAGAUGGGUAAAGCAGAAGGCAUCAUUAACGAUGAGAUCCCGAACUGCUGGGAGUGUCCCAAGUGUCACAAGGAGGGCAAAACCAGUAAGGAUGGUGACGGUUUAGGGAAGCGGCGGUUAGAUAACGGUGAAGUCGGUCGGUGGAAGCUCACAGACGAUCCUCCGCCGAGCAAAAAGAAACCUCCGUCUGCAGAGGAGACGCGCCAGGAUGGGCAGAAACGCAAGAAGGAGAAGGAGCUGUCUCAGGACAGUGGGCCUAAGAAGAAGAUGAAAGGCGCUCGGGAGAAACACCUGAAAAAGCAGAAACAGAAGCCGAACUCUUCUGACUCUGUUGAGACAAACGGGCCAAACUCCACCUCUGGGGUUCAAGGGUCAGUGGGCGUGGGCUCAACGACGCAACCACCGUCUUCAACCUCUAAUCAGGAUCAGCGUUCUCACCACCGGGAGAAACUGGAGCGGUUUAAACGCAUGUGCCAGCUGCUGGAGCGCACCAGAGAUUCCUCCUCCUCUUCCUCUUCUUCCUCCAGCUCCGAGUCGGACUCGGAUUCUGACUCUGACUCCGAUUCAGCGUCACCCGGCGGCGCUUCUGAACCGUCGUCCCCGGCGACGGCGUACAACUCCCGAGAGAGAGAGCGUGAGCGAGAGCGUGAGAGAGAACGUGAGCGAGAGAGGAAUCGCCGUCUGGCUGAACUGGGCUUCAGUGCAAGUGACGACUCCGAAGGUGAGAGGACGGGAAACGAACAGGAACAGGAAGUGACAUCAGAGGAAACUCAGCAACAACAGCAGCGCAGCCGCAAAUCCGAAAACACUCUGAGGGGACGCAAACUGGUUGCAGUGACCGAGAUUGAGGACGAGGACGCAGCAGGGGGCGGAGAGAAAAACAGAAAACCCGGACUGCUGACUCCGCCCUCUCCGUCAGCCCUUUCCUCCAGUCAGCACCAGCCUUCAAUCGGCCACACCCACUCAGAGGGCAUGUCAAAACGCAGCAACGGGCAGGAAGUGUCACGGAAUGGGCGGACACGGAUGGAGAAAGAGAACGCCAAGAGUAACAGUGGAGGCACUAAUUCUAACGCUAAUCAUCGUCACCAGGCUAACAAGACAGGCCGAGCUGGAAAAAUGCGGAGUGGAACGAAGCAGACUCCGGCACAGACGACAGGAAGCGGGACGGCAAACGGAGGAAACGGAGGCGUCCUCCUAUCCAGUCCGGCGUCCCGCAUUGCAGCCCAGCUGACGUUUAUCUCUCCGCCCCGAGCGGUGCAGAUGGAGAGGCACCUGGUGCGUCCUCCGCCUGCCUGCCCCGAGCCACACUGCCUCCUGCUGGACAGCGGGGCGUCUCACGUCCUUCCUCGAGACGUCUGGCUCAGAGUGUUUCAGCACCUUAACCACAAACAGCUGUGUGUCUGCAUGAGGGUGUGCAGGACAUGGAGCCGCUGGUGCUGCGAUAAAAGACUGUGGACUCGGAUCGAUCUCAGCCGUCAGAAAUCCAUCACCCCCCCAAUGUUGAGUGGUAUAAUCCGCCGCCAGCCCGUCUCCCUCAAUCUGGGUUAUACCAAUAUCUCCAAAAAACAGCUCAUGUGGCUCAUUAACCGCUUACAAGGUCUGUUGGAGUUGAAUGUAUCGGGCUGUCCAUGGUCUUCUGUCUCGGCUCUGUGUCAGACGGUUUGUCCCUGUCUGCGUCUGCUGGAUCUGAGUCGAGUCGAAGACCUAAAAGAUUCACACCUGAGGGAACUUCUGGCCCCGCCCAACUCUGACACGCGCACAGGAGAGAGUAGGGGUGGGCGGUUCCAGAAUGUUACUGAGCUGCGAUUGGCUGGUUUGGAGGUGACGGAUGCAGCGUCUCGGCUGCUGGUUCGAUACCUGCCUCACCUGACCAAACUGGACCUGAGUCAGUGUGGACAAAUCACAGACCAAACCAUCAACACUCUCACAUCCCCUAUAUCCCCUCUGAGAGAGAGUCUCACACAUGUCAACCUCGCAGGCUGUGUGAAGGUGACAGAGCAGUGUUUACCGUUGCUGAGGCGGUGUGCGUCACUGCAGAGCGUGGACCUGCGCUCGUGUGGCCUCCUCCCCCCUGAGACAGAUGACAGACUGCUGCUGAAGAACAGCUAGACCCUCCAUGCACACUACAGCCUACAGCACGCCGCCAAAAGAGACUCAGCCCACGGACCCAAGCAUACGCACUCUGACGGGGCACCCGGGUGGGGGAGGGGUAGUGUG